ACUUCAAAGCAACCGAAGUGUCCACCAGAACUCAAAUCUGUCAGAAGUGAGAAAAAGAAACACAACAAGAAAGGGGCCUGAACUCUUCAAUGGCGACGAGGACAAUAUUGCCAUCAAUCUUGGCUACAGCAGUAACAUUAACAGUACUUGCAGCAUCACUCACCUGGGCUGCUGGCAGCCCUGAAGCUGCUUUUGUCAGAAAGACCAUCUCUUCUCAUAAGAUCGUCAUCUUCUCCAAGUCUUAUUGCCCGUAUUGUAAGAGGGCUAAAGGUGUUUUCAAAGAACUGAACCAGACACCACAUGUUGUCGAGCUCGAUCAAAGAGAGGAUGGGCACAACAUUCAGGAUGCCAUGAGUGAAAUUGUUGGGAGGCGCACUGUGCCUCAGGUUUUCAUCGACGGGAAGCACAUUGGUGGCUCAGAUGACACCGUGGAAGCAUACGAAAGUGGAAAACUUGCUAAGCUUUUAGGAGUUGCUUCAGAGCAGAAAGAUGAUCUCUAAACUAGAAUGAGACUUGGCCUGUGUCGUUGGAAUAUCUGAACCACUAGUAGACUCAUGGUGCAUUGAUUGGUUAGCUCUUCCUUUGGAUGGAGUAUGGGGAAGCGAGUUCUUUAUGCCCUAUGUAUUUUGGGUUUUUACAUCUCUAAAAUAAGAUGGCGCAUUGAUGGAAUAACUCUAAAAUUUCAUUUCCAUCAAUGGCUUACUCUUUUGUGCUUCACAUUCUUAAGAGAAUAGUUUAACUUGAUUCGGAAUGUUUGAAUUUCUAA